UGCUUUUAUGUUUUUUCUUACAUGCAAAGAUUAAUUUAUAAUUUUUCAUGAAUACGGCAUUGAAAAUUCCAUGGCGAUUUGAAUUGUGACGUAAUUCUCCGAAAAUCUCAUUGAUUUCCUGUUUAAAUUCGCACGCCCAUCAUAAUUUUAAUUACGAAUAAUGCAUGCUACUUGUUUUCGACAAUGCAACUGACCAAUUGCUCAAUAAUGGGUUGUAAAGUUGUCUCUUCCAUCUUCAUCUUUCCUCGAAUUCAUGGAAAAUCUCAUUUUUAGAAGAGUUCUCUCUCCGAUUCCUGACAAAACUCCUCUCAGCCAACUGCUAUAUUUCCAUCUGACCGCAAGGGGCACUUUAUCCUUGAUUUAUUUUUUUCUUGAUUAUAAGUUCUAAGAUUUUGAAGAACAGUCUCUAUUUUGUUUUAUGUUGAUUUAUGUCUUUGUUGUAUCUCUUAAUAUUUUCUUCAUUUCAUGCUGUGACGAUUCGGAAAUGCAAGGUUGAUAAAUUUUCUUCUAAGCAAAAAGAUAAUAUAUCCAAGCAAAAAAUUGAAUUAGCCGAGUUGCCCCCAUUUUACCUCCCCCGGGCAAGUUUCUGCCUCGGAUCAGUGCGGAUAUCUAUUUAAUACAGGGAAUUAGAUUUUGAUAACGAGGCAUCCAGCCACCGUGGGAAUCUACGAUUUUUUAGCGACUUUAAAAACCUUCCUUUGUUAUGGAAUACUUAUUAAUUUGACUUUUAAUUUCUCUGGUUUGUAAGUUGAAUGGUCUUAAACGUUGUUCCAAUUGUCAUCGUUUGACACGGGAUCGGCCGUGUCAAGGAGUGGAAGUCGCUUGCCAAUGGUUUUCUUUUCAUCACAAAGCUUUGAGCCUAACUUUAGCAUGCUUCUUCUGGUAUAUGACAUUUAGUUUGAAUGUCUGCAUAGUUACUUGACCCAAUUGAUCGAAAGUAAAACGACUUUUGGCGUAUGACAAACAGAUUAUCUGCCUCCUUGAUAGUCUUUCAAUUCAUUAUACGACCUGUUAAAACUUAUAGUCCCCUUAUUUGGUGCAGCGGUCGCCUUAUUUGGUUUCAGGAUCUCAUGUGAUGUAUAGACGUCUAGUCUCCCUGAAAGGUUUUCAAAAUUUGGAUGUCCUUAUUAGGUUCUAGUGCAUCCGUAUACAGUAUAGACAUGUCUAUAUUGGGUAUGGUAUUAGAUAAUAUCUCCAUAUUUCUAAUCGUGUUUCCUUAUUUGGUAGGUUAUCCUUUAUAAUAGGUGCUGUAAGGUCCUUAUUUAGAAUGGUAAUUCCCUUAUUAGUUUCUUAAAAGACCUUUUAUGGCAUGUACAGUAUUACCACAUCAUUGCCCCUAUAUAUGGGGUGAUGGUCGUAGCAUUCCUGGUCCAGCUCUCCGAACACAGGGCCUAGGUGGUAGGACAGUUACCUGUUCAAUUUGAACACAGUCGUAAAAUUUACGAACUGGACACUUUCGUAAAAACAUUCCAACUGGGCACUUUCGCAUAAACCUAGGCGAACAUUCAACCUUGACAAAUUCUUAAGAGUAUUGCAGUUGGAAAAAUUCGUAUCCCAACUGGACACUUUAACCGGACACUGGAACCGGACAAAUUACCAAACUAGACAAAUAUUCGUUAUUAUUCCAACUGGACUUAUAUGUAAUUAUCUUCCAACUGGACACAUUCGUAAAAUAUUUCCAACUGGACACAUUCGUAUCUCCAUCUCUUCGAAGUUUUAAGGCUGUAAUCCGUCUGGCUGUAUUGUGGGUUCACUGGACUCUGUCUCGAAACGGGUUAAUCUUAAAGCUGUUUUCGAACAUCAACUUCGGAUUAAGCUGUUCUGAAACCCUUUAAUAUGGACACAAAGCGAUACAAUUCCUUCAUCCCAAGUUCCUUAAUUUGAUUACGACAUAAGCCCUUAAAAGAUCAGGGCUUUAUUUUACUCAAUGUAGCAACGCCUCGUAUACGCAGGCAGUACAUCUCAUAUGUUUCUUGCUUUCACACUACUGUGCCUAGAAUUGGCUUGAUAAUCAGGAAUACAACAACGACAGAAGUCUUAUAGCUGUUGGUGAAUAUAUUUUUCGAUUAUUCGUUUCGACAAUUCGCGGAAUUCGUAAAUACGACGCUUGCGCAACGUCGACACGACCUUUCACUUUAAGGAAAGUACAGUUUUGCGAUCUUUUGGUUGUCUUCGAAUACUUUGUUACGACGUUAGGAAAAUAUUGGAAAUUGAUGCGAUGGGGUUGUAGCAUCAUUCAAAUUUGUUCCGAUUCCCACGAUGUCUUGUUACUUGCGUGACCAGAAUAUACAUGAUCUCCAAUUGUGAUUAAAUCCAACAGAAGAUUUAAAAUUCGGAAUUCAGCUGAAGUCAUUCGUGUAUUCGACCGAUUUUCACACGUGUUUUUUGCAACGGAAAACGAUAGUUUUCAUGGGGAUGACUUCACACAGUUGCAACUUCCAAACCUGCCUUCUUUUUUGGUGACAAGCAAAACAUCGAAGUUGGCAGUGAUUCGAAACUAGAUUAAACGAAAGUUACUACCAAUAAUUUUGCAAUAGUUACUACCAAUUCUGCAAAAGUUUUGUCUUUUUAUUCAACAAAAACCCUGCGUGGAAUUCGUUGUCAAUUGGAAUUUGUGUGCCUCAAGAUCUUCGCUUGGAGCUUUUGCCAACCAUCGGUUUUUGCCAUAUAUUGCCAGGCUGCUGUGACGCAAACUUUGGAGGUCUUUUUAUAACAAAAAGUUUGUGUGGAAUCACCUUUUAUUACUAUCGUUUGCAGUGUAGCCGAGUUGGGAGGUCUUUUGGUUCUUGUCCCAGUUAGUUCUUUUGCUUUGUAUCUUUACAAAACAUUGGUUUUUGCCAAACAUUGCAAUUCUGUUGAAGUGUUGGCACUUCUUUUGUAAAAUUCUGGUUGUGUUGUUACAAUCUAUCCUUUUUUCUUCUGGAAAUCCGUUUUGCCACCUAUAAACUUCAUUAUCCGGAAUUUUCACCAAUAAAGAUCAUGGAACACAUAUAAUGUUGUGUUCAGUCAAGAUCUGUUAAAAUUGUCGCCUACAGAAAUUGCAAAAACCAGUUUUCUAAACCUCCACUACGCGUUAAUUCCUUUGCCUACAAUAUGGAUGGUUUCCUGAGCUGUUAAUAAAAAAGGACCUUAUUUUCGCUGGAUACAUUCACUCAGUACUUGAUAGAGAUAAUUUCUGUGGGAUCGGUUCAAAGUGAACAUAAUCGUCAGCGUUUUGAUUUUUGAAUGCAAAACUUGGCUCUUUUUGAAUCAAUUAUUUUCAAUGGUCUUGCCAGAGUCAUAGGUCCAAAUUCUGUAGCAAUAUUCUGCCCGGCCCAUGUGCUAUGGUGCUGCGCUUGCCCUAUUCGUUUACAGUUUGCCUCAGGUCAGAGACUGUUUGUACCUCUGUGUUAAUGGACUCCCAAGCGACACGAAAACAUUGUUAUCUCGAAACUUAAAUAUGCAGCGCCCUUUAAUAAGGUCGUAAAUCCCUUGUUUGAGGUUAAAGUAAAAACUUUUCAGAUUUUAUCCGCUUUUGGACAACAUUGUGUACCUCCCUAUUCUCAAGUGGAUAAAUUUGUUGAAAUAUUGAAUGGACAUUUUAAGUCUCUAAAUGAAUGAACUAAGAAGCAAUUAACCGAGGAUUUAAUAACAUUUUCAAAAAACACACUACUUAAAUCGGGUAAUCCAUCCACUGAAGCGGAGGUUGAAGCUCGUUCGAGUCUCGUCGUUUCUUGCCGAAAACACAGCCGCUUACUGCUUCUUCAAGUCCUGGAAUUAUCGAAGGCUUUACUGUUAUAUUUCAUAUGAAUUACGAACUUCGAUGCUGAUUUCGACGCUCGAUUCCUCUCGAAAUUGUUUCGCGUUCGACUGCCAUCCAAACAUCGUUUUACGUCGCGCUCAAAUCGAACCCUUGGCCACAUGCUCUGGUGUGUAUCGUGGAUGAAAUUUGCCAACUGCCUCGUGAACUCAUUUCACCAUAAAGCCAUUAAUUGAUCGCUAGUGGAGCAAUUGAGAAUUUUUGGUACAUCUAUGGGUUAUUUUGUUGGCGAAAUGCGGCAAUAAAUUGCGAUGGUCGUGUUACUCUAAUACAAAUUAGUUCAUUUUUGCGUUUAUGUGGAUCGUGUGGUUUAUACAUUGAGUGAAAUUGGCGUUUAAUAUUCGCACCAAACUGGGCCUAAAGUCACUCUCAAGGUGGUCCAAUUAUUAAAGUUCCAGUCCAGCACGUGACCAUUGAUUGGCCAAUGUGAUUUGUGCCUUAUUUUCGAUUCAUCACAAAUUUGACUACGGGUGUUGAGUAAUCGAUUAUUCGAUCCUGAAAUGUGAUUAUCAUGUUGUCCAUAUGAUCGCUGAAUCAUCUCACAAGAACAUUUCAAUCGCUUAAUCGCUUCAUGGUUAAUCGCGUUAUCGACUAGCGAUUAUUUACAAUCAGAGAGAUUCGUCUUUCUCCUGUACUUUGACGUCAUCAAGAUGGCGGGAAAUCCUAUUGGGCACAUCGUUUCUAUAAGUUCUCCUUCACAUAAAACAAAACAUUGUCAUUUCUAUUUCCGCCAGGUUCAAACAGAGGCACAAGAAAAUGCAAACGAGGACUGUGUACACAGAAGGCCAGCUGAGACGCAAGAGGAAAUAGGCACCUUACAUCGAGAACGAGACAAACUGCGGAGCAAGCUAAGGAAAGCUGAGCAGGAGCUAGAGGAAUUGAAAGCUGCGAAUAUUACCGUUAGGGAGGAGCGUGAACAGCUUCGAAAGAAGAUACGCUCACUGCAAGAUGCCUUGGAAAGACGCAAAAGUGCCAGCCAGUCCCCUAUCCCUUGCCCCUCUCCCACCCCUUCAGCUGGAAGCAAUCGUACCAACUCGCUCCCAAGACAACCUCACAUGCAGAGCGCAGAAUCGAGGCGAACCUCAAUUCAAACACAACCAUCCGUACAUAACUCGAGUUCGUCACCUUUCACCCCUGUUCAGUCAAUGAAAUUCUCGGGAAGUCCUGCGUCUACGCUGCAGCGGCAAAAGAAUAACGCGGGACCGUCAAGCGAUUUAGGGUCAUCUGUAGGUGAUGAUAUUAAGUCAACGGAUUUUACUGAUACACUGACCCGCUGUCUACGAACCCGAAUUCCGGAAACGCUUCUCAACUCUUUGAUUACCUAUAGGAGAUUGGAUCAGGUCCUUGAAUCUCUUCACGGACAUUAUAGCGCAGAAAUCCUCGAGAAAACGCGGGAACUCGAGCUUCAAGUUGAACAUUUAUCGAGUAAAUUGUCGCAUUUAAAAUCGCAGAACGAUCUUUUGCAGUUGUGUCUUGAAGAGAGUAAAGGAAAUUGCGAGCGUUUGAGUUUGCUUGUCGCAAAAUACGAAAGCAAAGAUACGGCGUUAGUUUUGGCGUUACAGAACACGGAUCAAAUUGUCGAAGCUUACGAAGUUAUGUUACAAUUGCAAGAAAGCGAACAGGACUUACUUGUUGCGAGUUAUCGAAGCAAUAUGCAGUCGUUUGCGACAGAUACAAUCAAAUCUCUUACGAGCACCAACUCCUCGAAAUCUAAUGUUUCGGGGGCAAGUUCGCUAACUUCGAAUUCUCAUUACCAGUUGACGUAUGGGGAUGACCUGCCCGAUGAUGAUGAGGGAAUCGCCAUGUUCCAGACGUCACAGACAAAACGCAGGGAUGCCGAAUCACACGCGAAAAACUUACUGCAAAAACUUGAUCGUAAAUACGAGGCAGCGAUAACAGGAAGUCCGUUUCUGAAUUUCGAUGAAAAUUUCGAUUUUAAUAGCCGUACAAGCACGUUAAGUUCGGCAAAUUCUUCAAAUUUCGAAACACUGUCGAAAGAGGAGGAAUUGCGGUUGAAAGAAUACGUCCAAUUGCUGAAAACCGAACGAAGCACUGUCGAAACAACGGUUGUCGAACUUGAAAGCGUAACGGACGUACUUGAGAUUGUCGAUGAUUCAAAUAUCGAAACUGGCGAUAAAGGAAGUCUUGAUCUCGAAACUGCGGUGUUACUACAAGAAUUACAGGCGUUGAAAGAGGAGCGAGCUGAGCUAAAGCAUCGAAUUUUUAUGCUCGAUAAAGAACGGAAAGCUCUUGAGUUGAAAUUGAACAGUCGAGAAGCUCAAGAGCAAGGCUACAUUGCACACAUAGAAUAUUUGAAAAGUGAAGUGAAAGAACAGAUGAAGAAACGAAAACAAAUAUUAAAGGAAGAGCGAAAACUUAGAGGAUCGACCCAGGAUGACGAUGGCCAUUCUUCCGCUAGCGGUAAUGCGGCAAUUGGUUUGCCUGUAAGUGAAUUCCGCGCGUCAGAAGAAGACAUCCCACAAGACCUACAUGAAGCGGCUCGGCGCGAAAAGAAGUUGAAAUCAAGGAUCCAGGAGUUGGUUGACACUCUAGAAAAAUUAUCAAAAAAUUCGGAAAUAAGACAUCAGCAGACGGCGGAGUAUAUCAGCGACUUGAAGCGGGCCAAUGGCGCUCUGGUUUCCGCAUACGAAAAAGCGAAGAAGCGGCAUGCGUCAAGGCUCAAGAAAUUUGAGGCCCAGUUGAUAACAAUGGCUGAAAAACACCAGGAACAGACAAGAGUUCUCAAAGAGCGAAUAUCCAAACUUACUGGCGAUGACGACAAAUCGAAGCCAAGGCGACAAAAGGAAUCCUCGCUAUGAUCAGUUCCUGGAAAGCGCUGCCAUUGUUGAAGAAUUCUAAGAACUCAACAGGUGCCUUGUCAUCGUGUUGUCAAUUACUGUUCUCUUAAAUUUGUCAGUACUGUGUUCAGAACAUGACUGAGAGCAGACUGUUUCUGUCACAAAUUUCACUUGUGUUUGGUUUUUCGAAUCUUGUGUUUUCAAAGACAAGAUCUGAGAACAGAUCCGGAAUGCGGAAAUAAGCUGUUUGCGACCCAGGAAAAAAAGUUUUGGAUUUAUUAUUGCUUGGAAGACAUGCAAUAUUGGUGGUGAAAACAUAUCUGGCUCCAGACAUCGCUAUAGCGGAAGCAAAUGGAAUAGAACACAAAUCACGUGGUUACAGAUUUUUGUUUUUGGGUGUAAGCUAUAAGCCGAUCUCCAGCCGGAACCGGAAAUGAAGUAUCGCUUGGUAUUUCUUGGAAUUUUCAAACAUUUCUCAGAAUAGAGAUUACAAAGAAUCAUUCGUUGCUUACGUCAUAACAACAAGAUUGCCGAUUAAACAAUAGCAAAAACCAGAGCUUUUGCAGUGUAUAGAAACUAACUUUUUCCUCUUAGUGUGUUGUUAUCCUUAACUCAAGAACAAUGGAGUUUAAAAACCUCGAUGAAAUUUAUACUCAUAAAGUAUAGGCAAUAGUUUUUAUUGAUAAGUUUUCAAUCGAAACCAAAUUUUAAAUUGACCGGACGUUUCUUGGAACCUCCCAGUAAUUUUAUGCUGGCAUCUUUUUGAUAAUUUACUAAUACAAAGAUCAGUUAUGAUUCAUGUCAA